UUGGAUAAUAACUUGAGCCUGGAUGUAGGCAGUUUUGGUUAACGAUCCUGCUUAAAUACCUCCGCGAGAUUUUGACGUAUUACGGACGUGAUGCAUUCCUCGUCGAUCCCGGUUCAUGACGAUCUCUCCGUCGGCGAUGUCUUUACUCCCCAGGUAGACAAUCAGCCCGCCGUGAACGAGACCAGUUCGCAGAGCAAACCGACGAACAACAAAGAAACCAACGGCUGUCCAUUUCCGAUCCCCGCAAUCAAUGCGAACCCACUGGCUGGAAAUGGAGGCGGCCGUAAGAAGAAGAAGAAGAAGGUGCCAUGCGAUGCUGUCCCUGCUGCGCUGUCGACGGUCCGUGGUUUUACACCUCUUGGUUCAGGCGAUGAAAUGUCAGAUAUCUCGGCUACCAGCUCCAGAGCUCCCAGUUUGCGAUCACCUUCUGUUGCGCGAAACGGUGCGAGCCCUGUUUUGAAGCCAACGACAGGCUGCGGAGGUGUCAGCGCGUUGAAGUCGCAGCUUGAUUCGCUGCAUAUCUCUGACAAUCGUUCGUGCCUGAGCGCACCAAGUGUUUGCUCCGAGACCCCGAGCAAUGCAAGUGUAUGCUCGGACAGUGACCAGACGGAGGUCUUGACAAGCUAUGAGGUGCCUCUGGAGCACGACUUUGUCAGCCCUGAUGCUGAGACGGAGGAGAGCCAAGGAGACCCUGCGGCAAGCAUGCGCAACCAGCUGUGCAGGAAGAUGGCUUCAGACGACUUUGAGCCAUUGCUCUGCCUUGGCAAAGGCUCCUUUGGAACGGUGUUGCUAGUGCGCCACAGACUGACAGGGAAGCUAUAUGCGCAGAAGCAAUUCCGCAAAGCUUCAAUCACCGUGCACAAGAAACUCGUGGAGCAAACCAAGACCGAGCGCACGAUCCUGGAAAGCGUCAACCGCCACCCCUUCGUAGUCAAGCUAUACUACGCCUUCCAAGACCACGAGAUGCUCUACCUCAUCCUCGAAUACGCCCUAGGCGGCGAACUCUUCACCCACCUCGCCAUGGAGCGCAUGUUCGACGAAGACAUGGCGGCCUUCUACAUGGCCGAAAUGGUCCUCGCCCUAGAACACCUGCACCAAAACGUCGGCGUCAUCUACCGCGACCUCAAGCCCGAAAACUGCCUCCUAGAUCGCGAAGGCCACCUCCUCCUCACAGACUUCGGGCUCAGCAAAAUUGUCGCCGCCGACGAAGACGGCCGCUGCAACUCCUCCCUCGGCACCAUCGAGUACAUGGCUCCAGAAGUUAUCCAGGGUAAAUCCUACGGCAAGGCAUGCGACUGGUGGUCGCUCGGCGCACUAGGCUACGACCUCCUCACCGGCUCCCCACCCUUCAAAGCAAACAACAACACCAAACUGCAGGAGAAAAUCCUAAAACAAAAACUCUCUCUCCCCUACUUCCUCGGCCCAGACGCUAAGGACCUCCUCACCCGCCUCAUGCGCAAAGAACCCUCCAAACGCCUGGGCUACCACAUGCCCAAGGACCUCCAGACCAUCAAGAAACACCGCUUCUUCCGCAAAAUCGACUGGAGGGCCCUCGAGAGCCGCGAGGUACAGGCCCCUAUUAGCCCCGUUGUCACGGACCCGGCGCUCGCGGAGAACUUUUCGGCGGAUUUUACGGGUCUCCCACUCACUACUGGGAGCGGAAUUGAUGAGCGGGGAAGUGUGCCUACUGGUACUGGUGGCCGGGUGGAGGGGAUGGAGAGUGAUCCGUUUGGGGGGUUUAGUUUUGUGGCGUCGAGUAGUUUGUUGGAUCAUGGGUUGUAUUGACUAUCUGUAUGUAGGUUGGGGGUUGUUGGGGUGUAUUUACAGACAGUUUGCAUCUGUGUCGCCGCUUGGGGAUGUACAGUACAGUGGCGCGUGUAUAUUCUUAGAUUGCUAGCUUGCUUCGUUGCGAAUACAUACGGGUACAAUUGUCGACUUUUGA